AAAAAAAAAUAACAACCAUUUGUCCACUCUGCUUCGAAUCACAAUAAAAAAAAAAUUACUUGGCAUUUUAGUCUGUGGACGCUGAGCCUGUUUCACGUAGUGUUGCCGACAGUCCAGAGUUUUACUAAAACUCUAAAAAUCUUGGGAAAAAUUGACUUGAAUUCGGACCCGCCAGCAGAGAACCACUAGCCAGAAUGAGAGAAAUCGUACAUUUCCAAGUUGGACAAGGUAGGUGGCGCAACUUGUUUAUGUUUUAGGUAAUUCAACAUAUAACCCUAGACCGGGUAUAUAAAUAUAUAUACCAAACCCUAAACCUACCCCAAACCCUAAACCUUUCCCUGAGCCUAACCGGAACCCUAAAGCUAUAAAGUUAAAUAAACACGCAAAUGACGUCAUGGCGCGAACUGUCUUCUUUAGCCUUCUGGGUACAGCGACUUUGCUAGCGAUGUAUCACGGGUCACCCAUGCAACUAUCUUGUUACAGGGGGAAACCAGAUCGGCGGAAAGUUCUGGGAAGUGGUCUCAGACGAACACGGGAUCGACCCCACAGGGACCUACCACGGGGACAGUGACCUGCAGCUGGAGAGGAUCAAUGUCUACUACAACGAGGCUACGGGCGGGAAAUACGUGCCCCGGGGCAUCCUCGUCGACCUGGAGCCAGGUAGCGUCAACUGGCACAGCUUUUCUUGUGUAUGCAGUAAUUGUAUUCAUGCCAUGUACCAGGCCUGCACAACAUACGGCCCGCGGGGUCGCAUGCGGCCCGCCAGCACCCACUUUGGGGCCCGCGAAGAAACUCAAAAUUCUUUAUUAUUAUUAUUUUAUUAAUAGUUUCGCCCACCCCCCCCCUUCGGGUUUUUUUAUUUUUUUUUUUAUAGUUUCCCCCCCCCCCCCCCCCUCCGGGUCCUAUUUUCUUUCUGCCCUCCCAAGUUUUUCAUAAAGCAUUACGACACGCCUUACAUUUUAAGUUGUGCAGGCCUGCCAUUGCCAUAGACGAAUGAAAACUCGUUGUGUCUUUAUAUUAGUAUGGGUCAUAAAUGUGAAAACUAUUAGUGUGUUCUUAUUUGUAGAGGUCAUUUAGUAUUGAGUACAUACAUUUAAAAGCUAUUAGUGUGUUCAUUGUAGCAGGGGUCCUUUUGUAUAUCAAUUUGAAAACUCUCCUUGUCUUCAUGCUAUUGGGGUUCACCUUGCACACAUGUGUCCCAACAGAGUAAAAGGCGGAGCAACUCUAUACUAAUCCUUUGCUGAGUGUUUUACGACCACACCAGGAUGUCUUCUUUAGACAUUCCUCCUCAGUGGCAUCAAUUCGGACAAUACUGGAUCCUCUAAUUCUCUACAGAAAAGAUGUCCAAUGACAAAUCCAUCGUGACAGGGGGGGGGGGGGGGGGGGGGGGGGGGGGGGGGGAAGCCUUGGCCCAUCUUAACCUGGCCACCCUCCCUGAACUUGUUUAUUCUCCUCGUCUAGUGACAUGUGCAAUUUUUCCGGAUAGUUUGGAAGCGUUGUAAGCCUCAGACUUUGUCAUGAGAGGGGCGAUGAGGAUAAUUUGUUAUAACGGCGUCUUGUAAGCUUUGUCGUUAUACUGUUUGCAGGGACGAUGGACAGCAUUCGAUCUGGCCCCUUUGGUCAGAUUCACAGACCGGACAACUUCAUAUUUGGUCAGUCAGGGGCCGGAAAUAACUGGGCGAAAGGUCACUACACGGAGGGGGCAGAACUCGUCGACUCUGUUUUGGACGUGGCAAGGAAAGAGGCGGAGUCGUGCGACUGUUUACAAGUAAGUGGGAGGUGGAGUCUUGAGUGGCUGUUUACAAUUAAGGGGUGGGGGUGGUGGGGGAAGUCUUCUGUGACUGUUUACAAGUAAGUGGGAGGCGGAGUCUUGUGUGACCGUUUACAAGAAAGUUGGAGGCGGAGCCUUGUGACUGUUUAUAAUUAUGCUGGAGGCGGAGUCUUGUGUGACUUUUAUAAGUUAAGUUGGAGGCAGAGUCUUGUGUGACUGUUUACAAUUAUGUUGGAGGCGGAGCAUUGUGUGACUGUUUACAAGUAAGUUAGAGGCGGAGCCUUGUGUGACUGUUUACAAUUAAGUUGGAGGCGGAGUCUUGUGUGACUGUUUACAAGUAAGUUAGAGGCGGAGCCUUGUGUGACUGUUUACAAGUAAGUUAGAGGCGGAGCCUUGUGUGACUGUUUACAAUUAAGUUAGAGGCGGACCUUUGUGUGACUGUUUAUAAGUAAGUUGGGUUCUUUUAAAAGUUAAAAAAAAAAAAGAAAUAGAUGGUCUGAGGCAGUCCGCUGACGUUGGAAGCUAAACGGCUACGACCCUUUCCAUGUUAAAUUAAUGCAGUGAGAUAUAAUGAUGUUCAAUAAGUUAAAGACCGUUUUGAAAAUGUCUAUACAUCGUAUUAAUACAUCUUAAUGAUUUAAUACAUGCUACAAAAUAUCAUUGGUACGAAUUUGACCCCCCCCCCCAAAAAAAAAAUAAAAAAAUAUGUAUAUUUUCUUUCAUUUAAGGGAAAUAAAAUUGGUUAAAAUAUAAGAUCACCGAAUAUAAAAAGGAAGUGGAUAAUUAUCAUUAUUAAAAAAAAUGACCAACAAUUUACAAAUGUCAACCAUUGACUGAUUGUAUCAUCAGGGGUUUCAACUCGCCCACUCUCUCGGCGGUGGAAGCGGAUCUGGCCUCGGCACUCUCGUCAUCAGCAAAGUCAGGGAGGAAUACCCGGACAGGAUCAUGACCACGUACUCCAUUGUACCGUCCCCUAAGGUCAGUUUUUAGCCACAAACAGACGUUGUAGUUAUUAGUGGCUGAAGGCAGCAAGGGGUUGCCAUGCCAACAGUUCGUUGGACAUUGCCACCUCCCCCCCCCCCCACCAUAAAUAAAUUAUUUGUACGAAAUAAUUCCGUGUGAAUUUCAGGGGUGUUUCUGGAGAAAAAAAAAUUGUUGGACAUUGCCACCUCCCCCCCCCCCAACCAUAAAUAAAUGAUUUGUACGAAAUAAUUCCGUGUGAAUUUCAGGGGGGUUUCUGGAGAAAAAAAAAUCAGAUUCCCUUGGGGGCAUUUGAAAGAAAUGUGAACUGGAGUUCUCAGCAUGUGUGGGAUUUUUUCCCCUCGAUUGCUUUAAGCUUGUAUUAUAACAAACAGGAGAACUUAAGAAUGUUUGAUGCCAUACUAUAAACUUUACGAUACAAGCAGGAUUGUACGUCUUAUCAAAUAGUUACAUACGUGAUAGAGGGUACGUCUUAUACUUAUGUUGAUAAUAAUUUUUCAUAAAUGUCGCUAAUGUUGGUCAUAUUGAAAUGUGUCUGUGAGGAAAAAAAUAAAUGAAGAUUAAUUUUUUUUUUCGUGUCUUUAAUGUGUUUGAGUUUUCAAUACUGAAUCAGUGAGACUACUUUCAGGUGUCUGACGUGGUAGUGGAGCCGUACAACGCAACCCUCUCCAUUCAUCAGCUCGUCGAAAACACGGAUAUGACGUAUGUCAUCGACAACGAGGCGCUGUACGACAUCUGCUUCAGGUGGGAGGCUCUUCAAAUCCUAAUUUUGAGGAUGGCCACGUUGAUCAGUACAUAAAGCAAAGUUGCACAGUGUUAAAAGCAAAGUUGUACAGUGCAUAAAGCAAAGUUGCAGUGCAAAAAGCAGAGUUGUACGGUGCAUAAAGCACGAUUGUACAGUAUAAAAAGCAAAAGUUGUACAGUAUAAAAAGCAAAAGUUGUACAUUAUAUAAAAGCAACAUUUUACAGUACAUAAAGCAAAGUUGCAGUCAAUCCAGCGUUAGAUUUACCCCUUGACCCAAACUACUAAGAGAAAAAAUAUUUACUCUAGCGCAUACGAAUAAUUUAACGUCAUUCUUGUAUCACGUGAUAGAUGUUGUGGUGGCCAACUCGAGUUGCUCUGUCGAGGCGAAGACGCCGUUCUUUCUAAUUUCAAAUUUAAAAAAAUAAAUAAACGAUAAAAUAUACAAUAUCAGCACUGAAGAUGUUUUCAUUUACUUAUAUAUGUAUAUUAAAAAAUUUAAACCUUGCCAAUGUCUUUAUCAGGACCUUAAAACUCACCACCCCGACGUAUGGAGACCUAAAUCACCUGAUAUCGGCGGCCAUGUCUGGCAUCACUACCUGCCUCAGAUUUCCUGGACAGCUGAACUGCGACCUCCGCAAGAUGUGCGUUAACAUGGUUCCGUUCCCAAGGCUGCACUUUUUCAUCCCGGGCUUCGCACCGCUGACCUCGCGGGGCUCGCAGCAAUACCGCGCCAUUACGGUACCGGAACUGACGCAACAGAUGUUUGACGCGAAAAACAUGAUGGCUGCCUGUGACCCCAGACACGGAAGAUACCUGACAGUGGCUUGUAUGUUUAGGUGAGUCACGUGUAAUGGUAGAUCCAGGCAUCAUCUGAUAGAAAACUUAAUGAUAAGGGAAAUUAAUGAGGCUUCGGACUAAUCAGUUACCGAGUUUCUUUCUAGAACAGUGGUUCUCAACCUUCCUAAUGCCACAACCUUUAAUACAGUUUCUCAGUUUGGGUGACCCCAAACCAUAAAAUUAUUUUCUUUCCUAUUUCAUAAAUAUGUGUUUUCCGUUGGUCUUAGGCAACCCCUGUAUAAGGGUAGUUCGACCCCGAAAGGGGUCGCGACCCCACAGAUUGAGAACCGCUUUUCUAGAAAAACAGACAAUAUGAAAAUUGCAUUUUUUUUCUAAGUUUUUCUUGAAAAGCGGACCUCUUACUGGCAUAUAAUAGUACUCAGUUUAUAUAAAAUCUACUGUAGUAGACCAGUGGUGGGAAAAUCGUGGCUUGCGAGCCUCAUGCGGCUCUUUAACGACCUGAGUGCGGCUCGGCAAGUCGGCCACAAAUCGGUUUUGACACGGUUCCGAAAAACAUGGUUCUUGACAGGUUCUUGAAAAGAAAUUUGGCUCUCAAAUUUUUUUUUUUUAUCUUCCUGUUUCUGAUUUUUGGCUUUUUUGACUUAGUUUUCCGACCACUGUAGUAGGCGACAGAUUAUUGAAUUGUGAGUCGAAUUAUUGCAGGUUGAAAAAUAAAAUGUUCUGGGUCCAGGGAUUUUUUGUUAUGACAGCGGAUAUUUCCCCACUUACAAACCCAUCGCCCCUUUCUUUUUUUCCCCACCAAAAGAAAAUAACAUUUUAAAAAAUAUUUUUAAAAGUCUUCUACACGUAUCUACACUAAUUAAUAUGCGCAUUUUCUCACGUUCCAGAGGGCGCAUGUCCACCAAGGAAGUCGACGAGCAGAUGCUGAACGUCCAGAACAAGAACUCGUCCUACUUUGUGGAGUGGAUCCCUAACAACGUCAAGACGGCCAUGUGCGACAUCCCGCCCAGGGGGCUCAAGAUGUCGGCCACGUUCGUAGGCAACACGACGGCCAUCCAGGAGCUUUUCAAGAGGAUAUCUGAACAAUUUACCGGUAGGUCGCCAUUUUGAAAUGUAGCGCUUUCUUCACCUUUACGGGAUGGAUACGGUUAACUGUGUAUGGUACAGGGACGGAGGCGGCAAACUCUGAGCUAUUCACUGAGCAGUGUCUCUGUUUGGUGUGGUGGGGAUGCAGAGGCGUAGCGAGGGGGGCAGGGGGGACAGAUGUCCCCGGGCGCCAGGUAGUUAGGUGCGCCAAAAUGUGCUUUUAUGUUAUUUUAUUGAUGAAAAUAGUGGGUUUGAGAGUUGAAAAAAAAAUAAAAAGGGGCGCUUUAUAAUGGAUCUUGUCCCCGGGCGCGAAUCUUGUCCCCCGGCGCCAAACACCCUCGCUACGCCGCUGUGGGAAUGUGCUCAGGAAACUUGGGUGUGUGUGUGUGUGUGUUUGUUUUUAACGAGAAAGUCAUUUUAACAUACAAGCUGGUGCACUUUAUAAAGGUGUGCGCAAAACUAAAAGAUCUCUACAUGCCACGGUGCCACUAUCGUCGGCGGAUUGGCCUCUGCAGAUUUUUUUUUUUUUUGCUUUAAAUCGUGGCCCCCCCCCCCCCUUUUUUUUUUUAUUUAAGUAAGCUUCUAAAGCAUAGAGUACGUAUGCCAAAUUGAAAUGGUUUCGUCCAUGUGUUAACAAACAAACAAACAAACAAACAAACAUAAAAAAGUGAACUUCUCGUUUUCUGUAAUAUAUGCCUGCCUUUAACCAUAGGCCUAAAGACAAUCCUGCACGCUACCUGCAGGCAUUUAAACAAGUGGCCUAAACUAGAGACAGUCCUUACCCGAUACCCGUGGCUCUUCAUUGAUUAUUUAGUAUUAGCCUCCGAAAAAAAAUUGAACCUUUAUACCGGAGUUCAACCGUGACGCUUGCUGGUUGUUAGCUCUCCCCCUCCUCCCCCCCCCCACACACUUAGUACUAAUAAUAUAAAUUAAAACAUGUUGAUUAGGGGAAGGCCCGGUUGGUGGGAUAGAAAGCAUUCACACCAGAAGCGAUAUUCAAGUAGGAUAGACGGGAUUUAGGGGGCUGUUGUAAAUGUAUUUGAUAUCUGAAAAUAAAGCCCAGUGGCAAACCACCGGCGUGCGCCAUUUUUUCAACAACAAUGAACUUGCUUCUAUAACAUCAUUCUUGGUGUCCCUCUUUCCCCAGCUAUGUUCAGGCGUAAGGCCUUCCUCCACUGGUACACGGGCGAAGGCAUGGACGAGAUGGAGUUCACCGAAGCAGAGUCCAACAUGAACGACCUCGUCUCGGAGUUCCAGCAGUACCAGGACGCGACGGCAGAAGAGGAGGGAGAGUUUGAGGAGGAGGAGGAAGAAGGGGAGGCAGCAUAGCGCGCGGCGUGAACUUCUCUUGGGGAACGAACGAAUGCACAAACCAUACGAUAGUGUUUCAAUCAUCUUUUAAUUUCAGACUUUACAAUAAGUAAUUUAGAUGGGAAAAAAGGGGUUGGGGGUGGGUGUUACAGUCCUGUGGUAUUUAUAGAAUAUUUAGACAAUUUUAUCGGUUUAGAGUUAAAUGUCUCUUAACAUAGACUUGGAAAUCGACUAUUUUUCUUUAAAUUUUCUUUAUCGAAUUCCACCCAUCGUUCAAUAUCGUAUCAUGUUUAGUUGGAGACUACAAUUAUCGCAAGUUUAUUUAAAACGGGUUCAAAAGAAAAUUCUUCAGUCAUACCAAUGUUAUGAAAGUCAUAUUCAUUGUUUUUUUCAUGUCAUGCAAUUGAAACGCAAUUAAAUGACUGUCAUAUUGUUAUUUCCGGUGAUGUUGUGCAUACAGUGAUGGAAGGAAACAAGUUAAGGUUUCACAGGAAGUUUCAGCAUGGCCAGUUUUUUUUUAAUUUUUAAUUUGUAACCAAACUUAUACUGCCUUCUACGACACGAUAUUUACAGGUUUAAUAUUGACAUUUACAAUUUCGCUUACAUUUAAUUUUAUUGCUUUUAUUUUACUGAAAUGUUUUUUAUACCUAUGAUGACAAGAUGGACCAAAUAAACACGACGACAAACUCAUACAAACAACAUGAUUGAAGCAUGUCUAUUCUUUUUGAGUUUGUGCGUUUGGUAAAAGUG